CCCCAAGUCCCAAGUCCAAAAAAGGAAAGAAGAUAUUCCUGACCACCCACUCUCUGCGUCUGUGUUUGAAUCGUCGAUGGGAAUGCCUUUCGCCCUGAGGCUAUCGUUUCCUGGCUUUGCAUUUGAAUCGUCGACGACCAGCGGCAGGCGGAGAGCUCAUCGUUUCCCGUUCCGUUUCCUCUCUUCCCCCCUACAGUCCAAUCCUCAGGAUCCCGCAGAAGAAGAAGAAAACUUCGGGAAAGAGAGCGUUCGUCGCCGGAAACAGUCGAUUUUAGUGGAGAGAUACAGCAAUGGAGCUAUCAAAAGAUACAUUUUGGAUGAUGAAGUAGGAGUAAGAAUCUCUCUCACCGAAGAUGUGGCCAAUAAUAAAUUUGGAGCCCUAGACUCGUCUGUCCCUGAGACAAAACAACCAUCGGUGCUUCCUCAGUUUGUCGCCAAUUUUGUUCUACCUGCUGGCUUUCCAGGAUCAGUUUCAGAAGAUUAUUUGGAGUACAUGUUGUUACAAUUCCCCACUAAUGUCACUGGAUGGAUCUGCCACGCAUUAGUCACGUCAAGUCUUCUUAAGGGCGUUGGUGUUGGCUACUCUACAGGAACUGCUGCUGCUGCAACAGCUGCUGCAAUUAGAUGGGUGUCUAAGGAUGGCAUUGGAGCUUUGGGUCGCUUGUUCAUAGGUGGACGAUUUGGCAAUCUUUUUGAUGAUGAUCCUAAACAAUGGCGCAUGUAUGCGGAUUUCAUCGGGAGUGCUGGAAGCAUCUUUGACCUCACCACCCAAUUGAAUCCAGCCUACUUCCUUCCAUUAGCGUCUCUUGGAAAUCUGACCAAGGCUGUAGCAAGGGGGCUCAAAGAUCCUUCAUCCCGUGUGAUCCAAAGCCAUUUUGCUGCAUCUGGAAAUCUAGGGGAGGUAGCUGCCAAGGUAUAUGCUUGUAGUGUCGGCGGAUCAAGCGUUAUGCUAUAAUCUGCUCAUGGUGAACAGGCAAACGAAAGACUUGGAGGUCUUUGUCUCGUUCAAGGUGGGAGCUACAAGCAUGUCGGUACUACGAAGUGUGUGGCAGACAUACUGGCUACUUGUGAACUGGGAACAACAUUCUCUUGAUGUUUUUUACCAGCUUGCUAAAUCCCACAAGGAGAUGGAGACCAAUUUUGACAAUUUCCUUGAGCAAUUGGGUCAAGCCGGAUGGGACACAAACCAAAUCAAUCUGAAGGUCCCCGGCGGAAUACUGAUCGAUGAAUCAGGCUUCAUUCAAUCUUCUCAAGGCCAGGUUUGACUUCCCUCAUGGACCUGAUAAAAGCUUUGGUAGCACAAGGAAGAAGAUUCUAAUUAGUACGAGGUGGCAAGAAGCCAAGAACCCAGAGUUGAGUUAGCUUGUCCAACUCUUUAAUUCAACUGCCGUCCAAUUGUAAUAAUCUCUUGUCUCUUUCCAAAUUAUGAAAUUUCGUCUGUUCAUCAACAUUUCGGAAUGAUUGGUUUCCUUGUGCCAGGGGGUUAACUACCGUUUCUGUUUAUCUACUUAUCAUUUCGUGGCUGGGCAGAGAGAGCUUUGCUUUGGGAUGACUUGCAGGUUUUUCUGAACUUUGGCGGGUGGUCUUCGUUAAGCUCCUAAAACACACCAUUUCAGCCUCAGGUAAUGCAAAUUUCAUUAGUUUAGUAGUAGUUGCCCUCC